CCAGUCGGCAGCUCGGCAGUUCUUCUUGUCGCGCCUUCGUAUGAGCCGUGUGUCGCGCUCGGAUACCCCCCGCGCCCCGCACACUCCCGGCCGCCUCGCAUUCUAGUUGUGGGUGUCGCGCCGUGCAGUCCUCGCGUGUGCUACCGAACUUGUGCGCCGUCUGUGAGUGCUUGAGUUCCCGCGCGAGUGUCAGUGUGCCGCAGGAUCCCCAGCCCGCACCCGGAGGAUGUUAACAGCGCCCGGUAUGUACCCACUUCCAAGAUAUCCAAUAUCCGUAGCGACUCCGAUGGAUUAAGAAAAAAUACACAAACAAUCAGAUAGCUGUUGACGUCCACACCAGAAGCCAGCCCCAGGCAGUUUGCUGUUGCCCCCGCUCCCCACACCCUCUCCAAGAUUGCUGCCACCAUGGGUCGGAAGAAAAUACAAAUAUCCCGGAUUACGGAUGAACGGAAUCGGCAGGUGACUUUCAACAAACGCAAAUUCGGCGUGAUGAAGAAGGCUUAUGAGUUGAGCGUACUCUGUGACUGCGAGAUCGCCCUCAUCAUCUUCAGCUCCAACAACAAACUCUACCAAUAUGCCAGCACGGAUAUGGACAAGGUGUUACUGAAGUACACGGAAUACAACGAGCCGCACGAGUCGCUGACAAACCGCAACAUCAUCGAGGCACUAACGAAGAAAGAGCAUAAGAACGGAGUGAUGUCACCUGACAGCCCUGAAGCCGAGCCCGAAUAUAACCUGACCCCACGGACCGAAGCCAAGUACUCAAAGAUUGACGAAGAAUUCCAGAUGAUGAUGCACAGGAACCAGUUGAAUGGGAGUCGAGUGGGAGUGGGCGUCACCGGGAGCAACUACAACUUGCCAGUCAGCGUGCCGGUCGGGAGCUACGAUCAAUCCCUACUGCAAGCUAGUCCCCAAAUGCAUACCUCCAUCAGUCCACGGCCAUCGUCAUCAGAAACCGAUUCAGUAUACCCCAGCGGCGGAAUGUUGGAGAUGUCGAACGGGUACCCGGGGUCAGGGUCACCGCUGGGCGGCGGGUGCACGCCGUCGCCGUCGCCCGGCCCCUCCCCCUCCCCGCACCGCCACCCGCACAAGCCGCAUGCGCACGCGCCGCCGCCGCACCACUCGCCGCGGCACAACAACCUGCGCGUCGUCAUACCGAGCUCCAUGCCGCCGCCGCAGGAUGACCUUUCGUAUACUGGAGAGACACCACUAAGCUACUCAGGACUUGGCAACUUCGGACCGCAAGACUUCAGCAUGGGCUCAUCGGACAUGAUCGGGCUCACGUGGGGCGCCCACCAGCUGCAGACUCUACAGCACAACAGGUACAUUAAUAGUUUGCCAGUGCUCGGGGGUGGGACGCCGCCGCCGGCCGCUUCGCCCAACAACGUGAAGAUCAAAGCCGAGCCCGUGUCCCCCCCGCGCGCCCCUGACCACCUGCACCGCGCCCCCCCGCCCGGCGCGCCGCAACCAGCACAUCUAUCUGGAGUCAUUGAUGGUUCUGUAACAUCGAGCAACAUGGGUUCACCAGCCGGCCAAGACAUGCGGCAUUCGAGCGCCGUGCCACUAGACUACGAGCAGCCUCACACGAAGCGGCCGCGGAUCGAGGGUUGGGCCACAUAGCUAGGCCCUGAGGCCUUCGGAUCCUAUCCGAGGCCCUUACACCCGCACUGCUAAUUCGGCCGUGGCAACGAGGCCCAACCAUCCAACGUGACUUGCCCUGAAUGUGACUGUCAUUAUGACAUCUGGCGCCGCACACGGGCAGUCGCGGGGCCCAAUCACUCCAAUGGUGCUGGUUCGAAACUCUGACAGUGAAUUAUGAAACUAGAUUCAAAGGAAUGAAGGUGCUUUUCAGUUUUAAAAUCGAUGGCACGGCUAAAAUCAAUGGAAUGUGUGCUAAAAUGGUAACAAAAUAAAACGAAGUAAACUUAUAAUGAUUACUAAUUUAGUGUUAACGACGGAAAUUGUUUUCAUAUAAGAAGUCAAAACCUUACAUGUAUGAAUGUCCACUACUUUAAAUGUACUACCCUUCAUAUGUACGUAAUUAAUGAUAUCAUGUAAUGUAAAUGCUGCACACAAAUUGCAAGUUCACUAGAAAUAACUGUAAGAAUUAAAUGUAAGCUUUCUACGUCAAUGAAGUACAAUAUUUGUCCGUUUAUUUAUAGUUGCAAUCUUACUGAUCAAUGUUGAACUAAUAGUACGUAAAGUAGAGUCCCUGUUCCCUUGUACAUAAGUACUUUUAAUGUGCAAAUCCGUGCCAUUGUCUAUUUAGCCUAAACAUUUAGUCAAUUUUAGAACAAUGACUACAGCGUUGAACUAAUGAAAAUGCACGAAAUAAUCGGAACCGUUGAGUGAAGGAACUAUCAAGUGGAGAGGCCGAGUGGUGUACCGAGGUGACAAUGUUUAGGAUGUGUUUAAGUGCGUUAAAGACUUAAAAUGACUGUUGACUUUUGUGUUAGUGUUCUAAAAAGUUUUUUGUGCCAUUUUAAAAAUAAUAAUAGUGUGACAUCCGAACUUUGAAUCUUGUAAAUUAAGUAGCUAAAGUUAGUGUCAUCACACAGAAGAUAAUAAAUUAUAUAUUGUAAAAUCUAUUACCUAUAUAUCUAUUGACAUAUUUAUAUACAUGGAAAUCAUAUACGAUAUUUACAUAAUAUGUAUACACGUCCCGUUAGGUACGAUCGUUAUGUAAUUAGGUAAUGUUAGCUAGAGAUGAGUAUGUAAUAUACCACACAAAGCUUUAAAAUUUCUUAUGAUAACACUUGCACUCUAAGCACUUGUAAGAAAACACAAAAAACUACAAUUAUUGUAUAAUAUCACGUAACAAGCUAACUUACUAUCGCUUUGUUUUCAAAGCUGAUAUUACUUCAGUCUGCAGUAGUUUCAAUGCUUCAGUUUCUUACAAGAUGCACUAUCAUUCGGUUUAUUAUAUUAUAUUUAUGAACGUUUACUUUUUGAUGAUCAGAUAAAGUCCAAACGAGAGUCACUCGUUCGAAGACCAAAUAUUAAGUCAAUUUUGAAUAUCAUAUUAUAAAAUUAUUAUACUUGUUAAGUAUGUUAGAAAGAGUUGUUUUAUUUAGUCACAUUUUUGCUACGAUUAUUAAAUUCAUAAUAUACCUAUGUUAGGGCAGAAUGAGUCAUAGUAACAUUUUUAUUUUGUUAAUGUGAUCUGAAGAGUUCUUUGAUUUUGUUAUGUAAACCUAAAAGUUAAUCGAAAUCAACGUAGAUUUUUCAAUAGGAGAAGAAUAUAUAUAAUUACAUAAAGGAAAUAUUUUAACCUUAUACACGCAUAUUGAAUAACAUAUUUUGGUACAGCACUUUUUCAUAAAACCACAAACACAUAUUUUAGGAAAUAUUUUGUAACCAAUAAUAAUUAUACUCCUUUAUCCUUCUUGAUUCCAUCCAAGUUCAUAUAACUUUUAUCGCUUGCAUUGCAAAAUACCUAUAUGUUCAUUACUUAUUAUUCUAUGAAAUAAACCUUUUUAUAUUAUCAUUGAUACUACAUAAUUUUAUAGGAUACCACUAGAAGUUUAAUUUAACAUAGAGUGUUCUUCCUUUACUUUUUCAUAUCUUUUCACUGUAGAUGCCUUACUCACAGUGCCUAAAUGUACCACAUUUAUAAACCGUUUUGUACCAAAAUUUGUAAAAUAGGAAAGCAACAUUUUCACACGCCCUAAUAUUUUAAGCAACUAUUAUUAUUACUAUACUAAAUAAAUCUGUAUCGUUAUCAAAAUGGUAAUGCAUGUAUUUGUAAUGAUGUCAGCCCUAGAGCUGCUCUAAUGUAAUUUAUGAGAGUUUUGACCAAAUAUGGUAGAUUUGAUACGAGUCUGCACAAUGGUUUUAGCUAGAUGUUGUAUGUACUGACUAUAUUGAAAUUUCUAGGCAACCUUUAGUACAUACCUAUCGCGAAAAUGUUUCUAAAAACCUUGAAUGUUUAGCUACUAAAUUACAGUUAAACUGUAAUUAAAAUUUAGCAUAAAAUGUGAUUGUUACAUAGUAAGACAAUACUUUGAGAAUGAAGGGUUUGGAAAUAAAAUAACAUAAUCGCUAGUCUUAUAUAGACAGGGCCUUCAAAUCACAGUAACAAAAUGAAGUAGUUGUUAAAAUUUGUACAGGGAUGUAUCCACAUAAAAAUGUUCAAAAGUCUGAACUAUUUUCACAUUGUAAAAUUGGUAUACACGUCUAGAAUUUUAAUAAAACGAAUUAAUAUUUUAAUACCGGAACGUAAUGAAUGUUAACCCAUGUUUAGGGAAUUGUGUAAAAAUUAAUGUACACCUUUAAAUGUUGAUGUAAAUUGUUGAUGUGAUAAACUACUACUACUACUUACUAGUACCAUUGUUGAAUCCAUUACUUGUACAUAAUAUAUAUUCUAUAACUUGUACGUGUAAAAUGAGUUUCGGUCGUUCGUUCCUAAUGAGUUUCUUUGUUGGUUCCAAGUUGGUAAAAUAUUUCUUCGUCAAAUUAUUAUGUACGUUAAAUUUGCUCAAAAAGAGUUUUUUUAGCAUUUUCGUAUUUUUAGUGGUCUGAUUAUGACCUUUUGAAUGUCAGACAGAACAGACAUAACUAGAAUCUUGGUGCAAAAGUACUAUCACAAUUACAAAAAUAUAUAAUAAAUGGUUGUUAACGAUAAAUAAAUCAUCACAAUGAAAAUAUGUUUCCAAAUAGCAAACACGGCGUCGCCCAUGCAGUUAUUCUAUAGAUAAUAAUAUAUUUAAUGCAUAUAUCACCAAUAAAAACAUAGAAGUACAUUAUUGCUGUUACCUCAUGAAUAUCCAUUGCACUGAUGACCCUCUUAAGCUUAAUGUUCACAAUAAGAUAUGAAGUCAAUAUGUUAAGCUGAUUUCAGACGUUGUUUGCACAAAUGUAACAGUAUACAGGUAUUUCAACUAAGCUGGUAUUGGGAGCAUAAUUUCCGGGGUUGUGAGCUUUGCAAUCGGGAAUGAGUGCAAGAUUAGUAAUUUUAAAUAAAUCUUAAUAAUAUUAAAGUAACUUUAUAUAUUCAUUUUUAAUACGCACAAUAGUUGUGUUUCUUGUAAAAAGGGUUUGCUUGGUUUGUUUUGUAGAUGUACCUAUUGUGCAUGUUUUAUAUCCUUUGUGUUUUGUCUGUGUUGCAAUAGCAAAGAGUAUUAACUUUAUUCUGUUAACUUAUUAUUAGGAUGAGUAUUCUUUGCAUUUAAAUAAAUUGUAGUGUUAAGUAUGGGUACGGAUAUCAUAUUCUGGCAUGCAGUGCAGUCUUAUAAAUGUUUACAUUUUGCUAUUGCUUCGCAGUGUCCUGUGAACAACCCUCGUAAUGUAAGGACUUGAAUACAUAUCCCUUUUUGAAUACUCAACUAGAUUUCAUGAUUUCACCUUUAACAUCAUCAGUUGUGCAAUACAAUAUUUAUGGAAGUGCUUAUUAGUUAGUAUUAGGUAUAUUUUUGUUUGAAUUUACAAUGAAUGCAAAAAUGAUCAUCUGUUGUAUUUUAUCGAUAUUUUUACUGAUCUGUAUACCCCGUUAUCUGUAGGUAUUACGGUAGCGUGUCAAAUAAUACACAUGACUUCGUAUUUAUGUAUUAUGAAAUUAUUCAAUGCAUCUCUUGGAUUAGGUAUAAUAAGUAAAAUCCCUGUAUAAGUACAAUAUGUUCCCGUACACAUAUAAUUUAAUAGAUACCUAACUGUAUUUUGUACUUGUAGAUAUAUUUUAAUUUUUGUAAAGUAGGCAUGAUGUUUUCCGGUAUGGAAAGGAUAUUUCAAUGCGAUAUAAUAUUAUGUGUCUGAUUUACUAAAUUGUAAUACUGAUAGCGGGGUCUGCUGAUUGUAAGGCGGGAGGUGUGGUAGUCGUUAGAUUGACGGGUACCUCUCGAGGAUUUUAAGUCAUCGUGUAUAGUUACUUUUUAAGUUAAGGCCGGGCCAAAUAUUGCAUUAUUGAAAGGUCUUAGGCGCCUGUAGUCUGCUGUUGGCAGCCAUCUCUGCCCGUGUAUAGGUACAAUGGUACGUUGUGCAUGUCAGUGGGUGAAUGAAAAUAUUAAUGUUUACAGACAGUGUUAGAAAAUUGUUAUAAAUUAUUUUGAUGACUGUUCAAAGGAUAAUAAAGAGUUGGAUGUCA